AGCAAAAUUAUAAAUAACAGAAAGCAUAAUUUUGGACCUUGAAAAAAAAACUUAGCGUUAUUAUUUUUAGUUGUUAUAAUAAAGUUGAUUUAUUUUUUUCUUAUACUUUUUUGAUAAUUAAAAUUUCCAAAGCGUUAUUUACCGGCUUUCAACGAAGGCGCUAGCAGAAGCAAACAAACUUAUGUUUAGAAACCUCACUAACGGUUACAGUGGUAGUCAAGCGAAAUUGUUCUUCAAAAAAUGGAUGAUAAUUUAAAAGAAACUGUUUGCCCCGUUCGAGGAUUAGGACCUUCAGAAUUUAAUUCAUCUUCUAACGUUGGACUUUACGGCCCAGACAGCCAAAGCCAAUCUCAGACUGAUGAGAAGAACGAUUUCUUUGGCUCCAAGGACUCAACCACGUAUUCCAUCCCUAAUUUGCCGACGAUGAUGCCAAAAAAAUAUGAUGAAAACCAGGAUUCUCAGACGCAGGAUGAAAAUGUUAGUCAAGAUUUACAUAAUGGUCACAACAUUCAAAAUGAUGAUAAGGUGGUCAAAAGGACUGUCAGCAUUAGCGAGUUGGAACCAGUUGCUGAUGGAGAACCGGACACUGUUCCUAUUGAUGAAAAGGCUAAUGAUGGUGGUGAUGAAGGAACUCAACCAAAUGAAAAUACGACAGUCAAUAAUGACAAGCUUGAAAAAAUGGAAGUAGAUUUACCUGCUGUGACGAAAAGUGAUGCAGAGAAUUCGGAAAAGGAAAAAAGUCACACCGACAAUGAAGAAAGCCAGAGUCAGGAUGGAUUCAGAAGUUUUUUGCCAGAUGGAAAUAAAACGCCCUCAAAAAAACUUGAACACUCUGAAACUGAAGAAAAUUCUAUGGAUAUUAAGGCCAAUGAAGGUACCCGUGGCGAAUCUGAGGGUUUUGACUUACAUCUUUCUCAGACACAGUCCUUUGUGUUUCACACAGAGAAAUCAGCUUCACCAAUAAACUGCGAGUCAGAUGAAAGCAAAGGGCAGAUGAGUAAAAUAUCCGAGCCUGAGAAAGUUGUAAGUUCUGAUGAUAGGUCCACUGAAUCUUCUAUCAAGAAGGUUGACAGUUUUGAUGAGCAGUCAAAUGAAUCUGAAAUUAAAAAAGUUGAUAGCUUUGAUGAGCAUUCAAAUGAAUCUGACAUUAAAAAAGUGGAAAGUGUUGAUGAUCAAUCAGAUGAAUCUGAGUUGAAAAAAGGUGGUAGUUCAGAUGAAUCAGAAAUUAAAACAAAAGAAAGUUCUGACAAAUCAGAAGAAAAAAAGGUUGAUAUCGUUGAUAGUGAGUCAAAUGAUGAGCAACCGGAGAAGUCCGAAUCUUCUGAAAAGAAAGUUGAAACUUCAGAGAAUGAAUCCCAAGAAGCAAUGGAUGUUGAUGGUCCUCCUGAGGUUCCAAGUAAUUCGGAAAAGGCAGGUCGAAAAUCAGCAACUACUAAAAAACAUGUUGCAUUUGAGGGAGAUAUUGGAAAUACGGAGAGUGAAGAUUCAGAGGCCAAAUCAACAAGCAAGAUUCAGUCUGUUUGCACUUGCAUUCCGGGUUGUCAUGAUCGGCUCGAAGUGAUAUCUCAACAUUUAAACAGUGCUUGUUCUCAAUUAGAGGAGUUUAUCAAAUCAAAAAAGCGAGAUGACAAAAAGCAAUUGAAUAAUUUUCUUGAUAUGUUGAAGGAAAUACAAAGCAUAUCUGAAAACAAAGACAUAACUGGUGAAACAAAAAUAUCUGAAAAUGUGUUUUCACUGGAAGAAACUCCAAAGAGUGGUCGAAAAACAGGGACUAAAAGAAAAUCUAAUGACAUGGAGACCCCAUUAAAAGCUACUCCUCGCAAAAAGGUAGCAGAGGAAAAAUCUGGAAAACCUACAGAAAAAAAAACCAUAGAUUUUAAAGAUUUAAAAGGAUUGGCAGUUUUUGCCAAAUGGCCUAAUAGCGGAUGGUAUUAUCCUGGUAUAGUAGAAGAAUUGACUGCUACUGAUUGGAAAGAAGUUACCAAUGUAACUGUCAAGUUUUAUGAUGGUUUGGUGAGAGAUAUGAAAAAUAUUAACAUCUUACCUGCAUAUCUAAUACCAGCUGGCUCCAUGUUAUGUGAUCUUGAAGAUGAAACAGAAAUGGUUGUUUUGUCAUGUGAAGGGUCUAACCAAAACAGUGUAGACUUCAAGUUGUCGACCAAAGAAAAUCCUGAUGCAGUUCUGGAACUUAACUUCAAUAAACUAGCAAUAAAAGCUAACCACAUGAAGAACAUUAAGGUGCAGUUGGAACCGACCACUGAUGCAACACCGAAGAACAUGCACAUGGUUUCAUUAGUGAGUGGAAGGAGAUCAUCGAGAGGAAAAACAAAAAAGGAUGAUGAAUCAGAAGAGAAAACUGAAGAGAAGCCUAAAGUGGAAAGGCGGUCUGCAACACCUAAGAAGACAGCAACACCUAGGCGCACAAGAAAUUGAUAAAACUAAAAAAUAUUAAUAUAAGAAUUUUGUGUAGAAUACUGAAAUUUAUUUUUAUUAUGUUGAUAUGAUACUGUACCAGUAAUCAGUUAAAAACGAAUUUUUUGCAUUUGUAUUUUUAAAAACUUACAAAUUUUAACUGUACAAAUAAGUUUAUGAGAAUUAUUGUUUACAAAGGUGGUAUCCUCAUUUUAGUGAACUUUUAAACAUAUGUAUCUUUUUUUUUAUUUAUAUUAGAUUGUAUAUUUUAUUUUUUAAGGACAUCUGUCUAAAAGGGUGUUAUUAUGUUUGGGUUUUGUUUUUGUUUUUUUAAUUUAAAUCUAAAAACUGAGGGCGGUUUUUAGUUUAUUAAUCUCUGAGAUUCUCUUUUUGUAAUAUUUUAAUAUUCUAUAAAUCACAUGUUUUAUUAAUGAAGUAUGUUGCAAUUGUUAAAUUUGAUUUUAAUUUCUAUUUUUUCCCUCUAAAGUAUAUGUCUGCAACAUUCCAAUAUCAAAUUUAGAAUAGAUUGAAGUCGAAAUUGUGAAGUAUUUUUGUACCAUAAACAAAACAAAUUACAGAUAUGAUACUGUUAUACUUCUUUUGAAUAUGUUAUAUUUAUCCUGUUACAAACUUAAUUUUUAUUUAUCCAAAACUAACUCUUCACUUAGAUAUUUACCGAUCUCAGCACUAUAUGUAUAUAUAUAUUAUACAUAUAUGUGUUUGUGUGUAUAUAUAUAUACAUAAAUAAUAAAUUCAUAUAUAUCGAUUAGUAAUUUUAUCCUCUAGUAUAAUUAAUUUGAAUGGGAGCAGUGAAAUAUUAGAGAUUAGUUGUAGAAAUGUGAAAAUGGAAAUUAAAGUUGUUAUUUUAGAUGUCCAUGAAAUUUUAAAAUCUGAUGUCUUAUUCAAUUUUUUUUUGACAAAUAUUUUACAUGUGGGACAUCUUUUUUACAACCAAAGUUGAUUUGGAUGUUAAUUCAAUAUUGUUUUGCUUUUAAAGAUGUAAGUUACCUUUUUUUGUUAAGUUAACCCAAUGUGGUGGAUCAUUUGAAUAUUGAAGAAAAAAAAAAAUGAAAUAUAUGUUAUAUAGUUUUUUGGAAAAACAAACAAAUUUACCAGUUUUAAAUUAAAUGUUCAAAAUUUAAUAAUUUUUUAUAAGGUUGUUUAUGUCUUAUGUUCUGUGUCUUUAUUAUUUCAAUUGCUUCAAAUACUUCAAAAUAUUUUCAAUUUUUUCUAUAAUCUUAAAGCUAGUACAAAUUCCUCGUUUCACUUCGUAUAGUAAGAUCAUUAUUGAAAAUAUUUGGGAAACGGAGCACAUACCUGGUACCAGUUCAAGCUUAAGUUGACAAAAAAAAAAAAUGAAAUGAAAAGGUAAAAAAUUAUCAACUCCUUUUUAUAUAUCUGUAAAUUUGUUUCAUUUGAACUUCAACUUAAUUGUAAAUUAUAUUCAGAGAAAUAUAUCGUUUUUAAGUACCCCAUACUACUUUUCAUUUAACUUUUUCUAUUUUUAUCUUAUUUUUAUAACAUUUUUUUUUUUUUUUUUGAGGAUUUAUUUAUUUCAACAAUAGAGCUUUUAAUAAGCUUCAUAAACGUUCUACAAUUCUCUAAACAUGUAAGUUUUAUUAAUCAUGAUUUAUUUAUCAAAAUGAGAAAUGUUUUGACAUCACAAAUGUACUUGUCUAAGCAACAGUUUAGGAUUCCUAUAUGUUGGGAAAAUUUGAUAUAUUUUGGGAUGUAUGAAUAAUAAUAAGGUUUAGCGAACCUGAAGGUUUGAUGACCACCAGUCUGUCUACAUUCUUCCAUCCACUGGUCGCCGUCCUAAUCCCACCAUAUCAGCCUUAACCCAAUCCUCCCAUCAUCUCUUUGGCCUACCCCUUGGAUACUUACAAGAUGGCACAACAUACUUUCUAGGAAUUCUUUUGUUCCUAAGCUCUUCAAUGUUACAAGCCUAGUUUAUUCGCUGCAAUAUAAUCAUGUCAAUUAUAUUCACCGGAUAUAGUUUAAGCAAUUUUGGGGGGCCGAAUGGGCUAACGUAUCUGCACAGCACUGCCGUUGCCUGUUAAUCUGAUAAAUGAGAUAAAUAAUGGAUUUGUAAAUUCUAAUUUUUAAAUUUCGGGUCAAUAGGAGCAAGCUUAGUAGUUCUGAAACAGAAAAAUAGCAAGCAUUGCUCACCUUUAACCUAUCGUCAACUUCCUUCAUCUUCAACUCCGUUUUUCUUGUUAUUGUAGAUCCAAAUUCCCUAAACAUCUCUUAUAUGUUCCAACGUAGUUGCUUCUAUAUCUCUAAAACCAAAAGUGGCACCAUUUCUGCGACCAAUAAUAUAUUUUGUCUUGUUUAUAUUUAUUUCGAACCUUACUCACUUUCAUCAAUAUUGUCGUAUUUAGUUUUAUAGUUCCUAUGUUUUGGCUAUUUCACUUUACAGUACCAAAUCAACAGAAUACUCGAACAUAGAUU